AUGACUGUGAAAACCUGGCGGGCGUACGGACUUGGACUGAUUCUGAUACUGGCGAGUUGCACAUCACGAGAGGUCCAGGGCCUGCAGUGCUAUGGCUGCAACAUCCUCCAGGGCCAGAAGUACGUGGACGUGGGCUGUUCCAGUCCCGAGGUCAUCACCUGCACCCACUCCCACAAGGGCUUCAAACACCGCUUCUGCAUCAAGACCGAGAGCACGGCUCUGGGCAUUGUCCUGACCAGUGGAUGUGCCACUUCCAGACACUGCCAGCAGCAAGAGCUCCCAGGUGUGAGGAUCCACUGCUGUGACUCGGACCUGUGCAACAGCGCCCCCCCCUGGCCGCGGAGCACAUUGCACCUGGUCUACGCUCUCCUCUGCCUGCUGCUGAUCGGUGGAUGGUUGUGA